CACAAUCAUAAAUUGGAUGCUAUGUCACGCUCUACAAAUGCCAUGACAGGUGAUCUAUUGUGCAGACUGAGUGGAACGUCCUUCGGUUUUUACUUUGUUUCAACUUUCUCCACUGGAGGACACUGUGGAGUUGGUAUCUGACUAACCAGCACAAGGCCUCUUUAAUAGGUAGUGGCUUUUACAACCGAUUGUAAAAGUAACAUGAAGCCUCUUAUAAGGAAAUCUAAAUAUAGAAGCGGUAAUUACAAAAGGUAUUCAUUAGUCUCCAAUCAGUACAGCAGUGACACUGAGUAAUUGUUUUAAUCUUUUUUGAGUAUAAACAUGAGGCUAAUAGAUAUCAUCUCCUCAUUAACACGCUUUCUCUGUACACUGGUUUGAUGUUUGUACCCUGUAAAUUAAUUCAAACCCAGCUUUCUCUGUGUUACACUGUCAGUCUGAAAUCCAUUGAGGGGACAGAGGCAGUCACCUGAACUGAUCUCAAGUAAUUGGAGGUCGGGGGAAACAAAGUCAAUGGACCAUAAAAAACAGAUUCAACAAGUGCUAACUGCAUGUAUAAGAACAGAAACAGCCUGACUACUUCAGGAGAGAGGGCUCAGGUACAAGGUCCACUUUAGACCUUGUUCGCUUUGACUGUUUUCAGGUAGGAGUGUGAACGUCGGCUGUGAUGCUUCUGAUAUCAUUUUGAAUAAUAGGAAUUAUUUAACAAUCGGAAAGACAUUACAACGUUUAUUUAAUUGCUAUAGUUGCCUUGCAUUCUUUUCGUUUUUUGCAGGAAUGCAAUCGGACGAGUUUGUCCGUGGGAUGCUAUAUCUGUCCCUCACUGUGGUGGGAGUCCCAGGUAAUGUUGCCGUCAUCCUGGCAUUCAUCCUCUUGCUGCACCAGGAGAACCGGCUCCUCCCUGCGGACGCCAUUGUCUUGCAUCUGGCCUGUGCCAACUUGCUGGUGGUGGGUGUUCGCUGUCUACUGGAGACCGUGGCCUCCUUCCGCCUGGCCAGCAUCUUCGGAGACUUAGGCUGCAAAGCUGUGAUCUUUGUCUACAGAACAUCUCGUUCCCUCUCAAUCUGGCUCACCUUCAUCCUGAGUGCCUACCAGUGCCUGAGCAUUGCCCCUCCAGGAUCACGCUGGGCCUCUGUUCGCACCUUGGUAGCCCACUAUUUGGGCUUUGUGUUCCUUUUCCUCUGGCUCCUCAACACCUGCAUGAGCUCAGCAGGCAUACUUUUCUCCUUCGGCACUCAGAAUGACUCAAGCCUGAUAAACCAUGGCAUCAAUGUGCAGUUCUGCUAUGUUCACUUUCCUUCAAAGCUGUCCAAAGAGGCAAACGGGGCAGCCCAGGUGGGCAGAGAUGUGGUGCCCAUGGCCCUCAUGACUCUAGCCAGUCUGAUCAUCCUGGUCUUUCUUUACAAGCACAGCCAGCAGGUGAAGGGACUCCGCAGCAACAGCAGCAGCGGUGGUGGUGCAGGAAGUGGUGGGGCUGAACAAAGAGCUGCCAAAGCUGUGGUAGCACUCGUGACCUUGUAUGUGGUUCUCUACGGGGUAGAUAAUGGGCUCUGGGUGUACACUCUCACUGUGAAGACGACCAUGAGCUCCUCGCUGAUCUCUGACCUGCGCAUAUUCUUCUCCUCACUCUAUGCAGCACUGAGCCCUGUUGUCAUCAUUGUGUCUAACAGGAAGGUGAAUGGCAGGCUGAGGUGUGCAGUGCAGGAGAAGCCUAUUCAGGAGAAAGCCACGAGUCUCUCUACUAUGUGAGGCCUGCUUGGACGGCUUAUUUCUCACAGGAGAGUCGAGAAAUCCAGGAUAAUGAGGGCUGAAUUUUUCUAAAGUCUGGGUCAUGUAUGGGUUAUUCUGUCUUUUUAUAUCUCUGAUAAAUAAUGUCUGUGAUAGGAAGGACUCUUCUUUCAUCUGUAGUUCUCUGAGUGGUUGCAAAUUCAUAAUAAUGACAAUGUUUAUUUUUAUUAAUAUACCCUGUUUAUGAAAUUUCUCAGAAAUGUUGUGUAAUAAGUGAUGGGAACUUAGCACCUGUGGCUCUGGAUG